CGUGAUUCAAGCCGCCGCCAUGCCUGCCGCCCCGACGUUCGGGCGGUUCGGCGGAUCGCACCCGCGCCCGCUCGACCACCCGAGGAUCCAGGGGCUCCGCGAGCGGGCGGAGGCGGAGCACGUCAAGCGGCGUGCGGACGACAGGAUGAUCUACGGCGGAUUGAGCCCGAUCAGGAACAUCUACCACCCCAAGAUCCAGGGGCUCGGCCAGUGGGCGGUGGCGGAGCACGUCAAGCGCGCCAACGACGGGCUCAAGUUCGGCAGGGUGGUCGGCGGCGAGGACCAGCUUGUGGCCGGCAUGAACUACUUCUUGCUCAUCCAGGCGCUCAACCGCAACGGCUUGUACAAGGCGCAGGUGUACGAGCCCCUGGAGGAGAGUCCGAACAACGCACGCCAGCUCGUCUCCUUCGGCCCUGCGAACUGA